UUACAUACCGCCUACAGGGAUGCAUCAGUGUGUUGGCAGCUGUAGUGGCGGUGGUGUGGCGUUUUGUUUACGAUGUGUUGACAUUUAGUAGGCAUUUAAUGUGGCUUUGUGUAAGGUAACGAGUGAAAAUGUAAACCAGAUGGAUGAGUUAUUAAUUCGUUAAGUAUAUCUCAAGAUGAACUGGCAAAGAGGGAGGAUAUUCGCCUUAAAAUCAUGGACUACUAUCGUUGGAAUCCUCUCGCUGUUGACAUUGGUUGUGCACGGUGUGUCGGAACUGGAGUUGACGGUGGAGCCACAAGAUACUGUGGUGGUGCCGGGCAAUGCCGCAAUAUUCAACUGUGCGGCCGCCAGUUCAAUUCCAGGCGUAACUCCCACUAUCCGGUGGCGGGAAGACGGACAGUUCCUCUCCUCCAUCGGCGACCAGUACAGAUCACAGUUGUCAAAUGGAUCCCUGUACAUCACCACAAUGUUUCCAGAGCAACAGGGCCUAAAAGGUGACUACCAAUGUGUGGCCACACUGGACAGUGUUGGUUCUAUUGUCAGCCGCACUGCACGUCUCAGAAUUGCAAGCCUGCCACAACUGCAGCAGCCAGCAGAUCAGCGAGUGUUCCCAGGACAGACAGCUUACUUCAGUUGUUGGGUGAAUGCUAUUCCACAAGCCACUAUCACAUGGCUGAAAGAUGAACGACCAUUACACCUGGAUGAGACUCGCAUGUUGGUCCUGCCCUCUGGAGCACUGGAGAUUGAUGAAGUGAGAGCAUCAGAUCAAGGAAGCUACCGGUGUAAUGCCUCAAGCCUGGACCAGCAUCGUCUCAGUAUUGCUGUUACACUCAGCAUUAACAUGAAUCUUGAAGCAGGUGCAAACAUAAUGCCACCUGUGUUUGUGGCAACACCCAGGUCAUCUGUGGUAAUUGAGGGCAGCACUGUGACACUGGACUGUGCAGCCAAUGGCAACCCUCGACCAUGGCUGACAUGGCUGAAGGAUGGCAUCACCAUUGAUAUGGCGGAGCUUGGCAGUCGGUUCCACAAGGUGGGGACAGGCAGCCUGCAGAUCAGUGAAGUUAUGGAGCAGGACCAAGGCACAUACCAGUGUCGGGCUGAAAACAGGGAUGAUUCUGUAGAUGCCACUGCCACACUUGAAGUACAUG